AUGACCUUCAUUAGCCGGCCAUUAGUAUACGGCGACGAGGUGCGCGGUACAUUUCCGAUGUCUUUACGACCCCGACCGACCGUUGUCGUAAAACGCGUUCAAGUCGUUGCGGUCAAAAUUCAAAGGGCCCGGGCGCACUCUAAAAAAAUUCCGCGACGAUCCUUUUCGGUCUUGUUCAAUUUUCGACGGUUUUCAAGCAAAUGCACAGGAUAACUAUGCGAACGAAAUUGAAAUUCGGAAAUCUGGAGUUUUCAAGAUGGGCCGGAUAACAAUUUGAAAAAAAAAAAUUGUUUUAACAUUUCAUUUAAUAACAAUAUUAGUGCAAUCAGUGCUCACUGUUGUUCAAAAUAUCAAAUAACAUUGAUCGACACUUAUUACAAAUAAGUAUUGUUAUAAUUUCAGUGAUUUAUGAAUCAUACUAAUAAAUUAACAUCAGAACAUUAGAUAUUACGGUUUAUAAAAUGUCGAUAAUUAUUAACUAUUGUGGUAUUUCCACACUCCAAUUUCUCGUACACACGACUGCACGAAUGGAUACUGGCGAGUGUUCGAUUCCCGCAAGUUCUUAUCUAUCGCGUCAGUUUCGAGUUCUAAUUAUAGAAUUGAAUCGUAUAUGCCCAAGUCGUAACUAAAUACUAUGUACGUCAGUUGACUCGAUAAACGAUUACAUGAUAACAUAGGACUAUCACAAUUAUUCUUAAACAAUUAUAACUGCUGUUUUCGAGAGUGUUUUUCAUUGUUACUUCUUUUGUUUUUUCUCUACAAAUUUUAAUUUUCUUAUAAUGAACAAUUCACAUACAUUGAAAAAAAGAAAAGGAGGAGUAGAAAAAGAACGUGAUAAAAAAAAAAUAAUUCUUCUCUAGUCAUCUCAAAAUUGCACAAAUAUUAUUUCAUUAUUUAUUCAGCCGGUAAGUAGUUAAUAUUUUUUACCAUACAAAUUUACGGAAAAUUCUCUUUAAAAUAUGAAAUCGUCGAAAAUCAGUAGAAAUUAUUAUGUUAAUUAUUAUUAUUUUUAUUUAAAAUAGGGCAAAUCAAAAAACUUACAGCAAAAUCACAUGACAAAUAUGAGAAAAAUAAUACAGAAUUACAGAUGCUUUCAAACACGACACUUGAUGGUAAAUUAUUAUUUUAAAACAAAAAUUGUCCUGUGUUCAUAUCAGUCGUGUUUAAUUUAAAAUAGAUCAAGCUUCAGGCGAUUAUAUAGUAGAAUCAAAUGAAAAGUGUGUUAAAACUGAUACUGACUUGCCUACUAGUUCAUAUACAGUACUCGAAGGUAAAUUAUUAUUUUAAUAUUUUAAAAUAAGAACUGUCUAGAUGUCUAGUGUAAUAAUAAUUGAUAAAUAACACAUAUCCUUUAACAGAAAAGACAUUUUUGAUAUAUUAGAGUAGAAAAACAAUAUAACAUUUAUAAUGUAAUUUAUAAUUAAUAUACAAAUGUGAAAAAUGUAUUAUCUCUUAUAUGAAAUCACCAAAUUAUCAAAAACCUAGCUUGUUUAUAAACAAUUUUAUAAAUAAUAAAAACUAUGCAAAUACUAUACUACUAAUGUUUAAAUAAAUAUUUUUAAAUAGAUCAAACUGAAAACCACAACAUUCCAUAUUUUUUAAAACCAAAACCAACCAGUCUCAAAUACUUUUUCAAUCAAAGUGUUGGGAGAAAACGUAAUGAGGCAGAAUAUUUUCUAAGAGAUCCUGUAUUAGACUAUGGUACCUUUUUGGAAAUGAUUAUAUUGUUGAGUACGUAUGAUGUAGUGUUAAAUGAACAUGUAAAUAUAAUUAUUAAUAAAAGUGAAAACAUUCAUUUAAAAGGAUCUAAAGGAAGAGACAAUUUUGUGACUUUUCAUAGCCAUUAUUCCAUAGAUUAUUCCACCUCAACAAUUUCGUUAAUAAUAAAACAAAUAAUAUCUGAGAAAACCUCAACAGCUGGUAUGUUUUCGGUCUUAAUUGAUACCAAGACAUAACAGUGAUGGAUUAAUGUUCUAUUAUUCUUCCCUAUGAUUUCAGUGGAGAAAUUAAAUUUUGAUGAAGACAAUGAAAAUGAAAUAAAAUAUAAACUGUCGGAAGAAAUUUUAAGUUUUUCAAAAUCUUGA